ACCCUUGCUCUAAACCGGAUAUCACUACGAAGCCGGGGUCAGAAUUUCUCUUUCACAGCCAUCUUGGAUAUAACGCCCCAAGUCGCAACCAUGCCCGGCGAAGCCACAGAAACAGUCCCUGUUACAGAGCAGGAGAUGCAGCAGCCUCAAGUGGAAACUGCUACACCUCCUGCCCCAGCUUCCUCCCAGAAACCUGAGGCAGCUUCAGGCCCUGCAAAACCCAAAGGCAAAGAUGCCAAAAGUGCCCAGGGUUCUUCUGCCCCAAAGGCUGUCCCUGGAAGAAGAAAACGCUCUUCUAUGUCUGCCUCUUCUUCUUCACCCACCUCACCAAAAUCUGCUACCUCAACUACUCCCCUGUCACCUUUAGUAUCUCCCCUAGCGUCUUCACCUGGUAGUGCUUCUGCUAACCGCUUCACCCCAAAGGUUGUCAAAGCUGGCAAACAAGGAAAACCUAAGAAAGGAGAGGCGUUUGUGCCUGCUCCUGCCCCUGUGGAGUGCAAGGUGUCAGCAGCAGAUCAACAAGUAGAGGCAAAGCAAACUGUAAUUGAAGCUAAACCUGCCCCUGAGCCAAGCAAACCCUCACCAGCUGCUGCAAAGCCAGUUGUACCCCCAGCUGCUUUUAAAGUUACCUCAAAGCCUGCUGUGGCUGCUCCAGUUUCAUUUUCUGAUACUCUUGAUUCCAGCCCCCCAAAACCUGUUGAAGUUAAGACGGCUUCAGCAAAAGCUGCUCCUGUUCUUGUAGCUGUUGAUGAUGAGCUCCCUCCACUUAUCCCACCUGAGAAGUCAAUGAAAAUGCCAGAAGUCGUGUCCCCUGUUGAAAGCAGCAAAGCUGAGGCCACAGUUAAAACCACACAACCUGAAAGUGCUAAAGUAGUAGCUGAGUCUAUUAAACCAGCUCCCACUGAGGCUCCUAAGGCCACACCAGCCCCUGUUGAGACCCCAAAGCUUGUAGUUGAGGCCAAAACUGCUCCAGUUGAGGCUCCUAAGCCAGUUGUUGAGGCUAAACCUGCUCCAGUUGAGGCUGUGAAGCCAGUUGCAGAGGCCAAGCCUGCUUCUGUUGAGGCUCCUAAGCUGGUUGUUGAGGCUGAACCUGCUCCUGUUGAAGAUCCUAAGCCAGUUGAAAAGUCUCCUGUUGAAGUUACUAAGCCAGUUGUUAAGGCCAAACCUGCUCCCGUUGAGGAUCCUAAGCCAGUUGAAAAGUCUCCUGUUGAAGUUACUAAGCCAGUUGUUAAGGCCAAACCUGCUCCCGUUGAGGAUCCUAAGCCAGUUGAAAAGUCUCCUGUUGAAGUUACUAAGCCAGUUGUUAAGGCCAAACCUGCUCCCAUUGAGGAUCCUAAGCCAGUUGAAAAGUCACCUGCUGUUGAGACCAAACCUGCUCCAGUUGAGUCUCUCAAACCAGCUGCCCCUGAAGUCAGCAUGCCAACCCCUGUGAAGCCGGUCACCACAGCUGAACUAGUUGAGGUUAAGGCUACACCUGCAGAGGCUGCCAAGCCUACUAAACCAGCAGCUGAGCCUUUACCCGCCCCGUUAAAAUCUGCUCCUGUUGAGCCUGCUGUUCCUGCCCAAGCCCCACGUAAACUCACAUUUGCUGAGGCCGUUGCAGCCCCUUCUCCAGUUAAACCUGAGGUAGAGUUAAUCAGUAAUAAACCUUCUGAGCCUGUCUCAGCACCCAAACCUGCCCCCACUCCUGUUAAAACCCCAGCCAAGGUGGAGCCUGUGAUCAAGAACGACAAGGGAUCUGGCACUGAGUCAGACAGCGAUGACUCAGUCCCUGAGCUGGAGGAGCAGGACUCUGCACAGACACAAACACAGCAAGCUCAGCUUGCAGCAGCUGCAGAAAUAGACGAGGAACCUGUCAGCAAAGCCAAACAGAGCCGCAGUGAAAAGAAGGCACGGAAGGCGAUGUCAAAGCUCGGUCUCAGGCAGGUAACGGGGGUCACCAGGGUCACCAUUCGCAAGUCAAAGAACAUCCUGUUCGUCAUUACCAAACCAGACGUCUACAAGAGCCCUGCGUCAGACACAUACAUCGUCUUCGGUGAAGCUAAGAUCGAAGAUCUUUCCCAGCAAGCCCAACUUGCAGCUGCAGAAAAAUUCAAGGUACAGGGGGAAGCUGUAUCAAAUAUCCAGGAAAACACACAGACGCCAACAGUACAGGAGGAAAGCGAAGAAGAGGAGGUUGAUGAGACCGGAGUUGAGGUCAAGGACAUUGAACUCGUUAUGUCCCAAGCAAACGUGUCGCGGGCGAAGGCUGUACGCGCCCUGAAAAAUAACAACAACGACAUUGUCAAUGCUAUUAUGGAGUUGACAAUGUAAUGGGGCCCUGGCAAAGACGGGUUGAAGAAAGGUUGCUGAUUUAAGCUCAUUUAUACAAUUUAUACCCAAGAUGGAAAUAAAGUUGUGGCUUGAUGAAAUGAA